UUAAACUUCUGACUUUAGCUCAGAGGGUGAGGUAAACAACAGGACUAUAAAUAGCCAAGUUUCUCACGGUGGCUUUGUGGAGCCGCCCAGCUGAGCAAAGAGAAAGGAAGCAAGCUGGUCGGAAGGGGUUCUGACAGCCCCAGCCAUGUGGAGACGCCUGGGGCUGGCUCUGGCUCUCUGCCUCCUCCUAACCGGAGGAACAGAGAGCCAGGGCCAAAGCUCCUAUUGUAAGCAACCUCCAGCCUGGAGCAUAAAGGAUCAAGACCCUAUGCUGAACUCCUAUGGUUCAGUGACCGUAGUAGCUCUUCUUCAAGCCAGCUGAUACCUGUGCAUUCUGCAGGCAUCUAGAUUGGAGGACCUGCGAGUAAAACUGGAGAAAGAAGGAUAUUCUAACAUCUCCUAUGUUGUUGUUAAUCAUCAAGAAAUCUCUUCUCGAUUAAAAUAUGUGCAUCUUAAAAAUAAGGUUUCAGAACAUAUUCCUGUUUACCAACAAGAAGAAGACCAACCAGAUGUCUGGACUCUCUUAAAUGGAAAUAAAGAUGACUUCCUCAUAUAUGACAGAUGUGGCCGCCUUGUAUAUCAUCUUGGUUUGCCUUAUUCCUUCCUAACUUUCACAUACGUAGAAGAUUCCAUUAAGACUGUUUACUGUGAAGAUAAAUGUGGAAACUGCUCUCUCAAGACACAGGAAGAUGAAGACUUCUGUAAAAAUGUAUCUCUGGCUACCAAGGAGAAAACAGCUGAGGCUUCACAGCGACAUCACCACCACCAUAGGCACAAGGGUCACCAAAGACAGGGUCACUCAGAUAACUGUGAUACACCAGUAGGAAGUGAAAAUUUACAACUUUCUCUUCCACAAAAGAAGCUCUGACGAAAGAGAUGCAUAAAUCAGUUACUCUGACAGUUUCCCAAAGAUUCAGAAUCUGCUUUGAGUAGCUGCUGUUGCCACUGUCGACAUCUGGUAUUUGAAAAAACAGGGUCUGCAAUCACCUGACAGUGUACAGAAAACCUCCCCUCUUUAUGUAGCUGACAGGGCCUUUUGGCAGAGGAGAACGUCAUUGAAUCUUGACAGUGACGUUUGCCUCCAGCUGCCUGACAGGCAGCAGGUCAGCAGCUCAAUCCCACAGAAGCCAGCACCAAGUGAAGCUGAAAAAAUAAGGCCAAAAUGUGAAAAUGACCUUCAAAUUAAAUAUAUGCAAUUGGAUAUAUUCCCCAAGUCAAUCUACACAUUACAUUCCCAGCAUUUGUAUAAGCUACCUAAUUAAUAGUGAUUCAAAAAUAGGAAUUGGAUUUGUGCAAACAUGGAGAAAUUGACUUCCACAUUUAAAAAUUUAAGUCAAAGAAAUUUUGACCCAAACCAUAUUUUUAUUCAGCUGAAAGGUGGUUGCAGCGUUUGGUUAAUAUGUUUUUCUUUUUCUUUUUCCAGUAUUCUACUUGCAUUAAUGAGAACAGAAACGUAAACUAUAACCUAGGGGUUUCUGUUGGAUAGUUGGCAACUUAGAAUGGAGGAAGAA